AUGGCAUCUCCUUACUUUUUGGCUGUCGCCGCUGUCAUUCUCUUGUUGAAUUUAGUCUUCGCAAAUCCGCUCCCGAUCUCCGAAGACGCAUCGGCCACCCAGAUUCUUCGGGCACGUGCGGACGAACCGCCACUGCCUCAAACGGGGUAUAUGCAACUGGCCAUCCCGCCGUCCGACACCACCCAAACUCAAGUCAGAACCACUGCAGGAGCUGGAGGACUUGGGGCCUACGCGAUUCUGAAUGACGGCGGAAGCAUUUUCCUGGUAGUCGAGGUGGACGAGGACUACACAGCUGAUGACUUCGACAGCUUUAGUGGUUACAGAAUCACAGUACAGUGCCACGACACUGUUUUCCAGUUUGAGCAACCUCAUGAUCUGCUCUUCCGUCCCAGGCGCUCGCUUUGGGCAAGAGUCUCCGCCAAACAACUGGACUUGUGGAGGGAAGAAUACGAAAGCAAUGAGGAUAGUGACAUUGAUAUCACGAUUUGGUGGAAGAAGGACAAUGCGUAUGACGAUGAUUGA